ACCACUUCCGCCUCUAACCGGAAUUGUAACACACGUGUGAACCUUUCUUUUACUGUCUAUGGUGUAAACAGUGGAUAGAGUCACGUUGUACACCUGUGAAAUGAUAACAUGAAUUAACACCUUGUGCAUCGGAUUUAUAUAAACUGUAACCACAAAAGAAGAGCAAAGAUGGAGAAGAAAGAACAGAAGCGACACCAGCACAAGCACAGUGGACCCAAAGCACAGAAGAAGAACAGAAAGAAGGAGCAGGGCACUGAACAAGGGCAGGAUGAGCGCAAGAGGAACCCACGAGCGUUUAGCAUCCAGUCAGCUGUGCGCAUGGCAAAAACCUUCCAUAGGACUCAGGAUAUCAAAACAAAGAAACAUCACAUUCCCCACAUGCCUCCACCUGUUGUUGUAGUGGUGAUGGGACCCCCAAAAGUGGGGAAAAGCACCCUCAUUCGAUGCUUGAUCAAAAACUAUACACGACAGAAACUUUCUGACAUCUGUGGACAUGUGACCAUAGUUUCUGGAAAGAAACGCCGCCUGACCUUGAUUGAGUGCAACAAUGACAUCAACAGCAUGAUUGAUUUGGCAAAGGUUGCUGAUUUGGUUCUGAUGCUGAUAGAUGCAAGUUUUGGCUUUGAAAUGGAGACCUUCGAGUUCCUGAACAUUUGCCAGGUUCAUGGCUUCCCUCGAGUCAUGGGGGUCCUGACACAUCUGGACACUUUUAAGAACAACAAGACGCUCAGCAAAACAAAGAAACGCCUCAAACACCGCUUCUGAAGUUUACCAGUCUUACAGGGUGCCAAGCUAUUUUACCUCUCUGGAAUGGUGUAUGGAGAAUACCAGACACAGGAAGUUAAGAAUCUUGGGCGGUUCAUCUCAGUCAUGAAGUUCAGACCUCUUGUUUGGCGGACCUCUCACCCAUAUGUGGUGGCUGACCGUAUGGAAGAUCUUACUGACCCGGAGGCUAUUAGGUUAGAUCCCAAAUGUGACCGAACUGUCUCCCUGUACGGCUACCUACGUGAUUCUUCUUCUGAUAAUUGUGAUGUAAUUCCCUUUAUAGGUGUGGGUGACUUCUCUGUGGCGGAUGUUAGUUUCCUCCCGGACCCCUGCCCUCUACCGGAGGUGAUUAAGAAGAGAGCGUUGAAUGUAAAGGAACGGUUAUUGUAUGCCCCCCUGGCUGGCGUAGGGGGAUUGGUGUAUGAUAAGGAUGCAGUCUACAUCGAUAUGCCCAGUGGACAUGCCAGCCGGCAGCAGGAGGAGGUGCGGCCCACCACUGAACUCGUUCAGUCUCUUAUUGGCACACAAGCCACUUUGGAUGCAAAAAUGGCUGCCAGCAAAGUCUCACUGUUCACAGGAACUGCUGCACUGACACCAGAGGAGGUGCAGGAAAAUGAGAAACAGAACCCUAUGGAAAGCGUAGAAUGGGAUGAGAAAGCACAGAGAGAGAGGAGGAGAGCUGUUUUUGCUGAUGAAGAUGAUGAUGAUGAGGAAGAAGAGAGUGAUGAAGAUGAUGAGGAGGAGGAGGAAGAAGAAGAAGAUGAAGAGGGGCUGACAACAGUAAAAAAGGAAGAUGAAAAAGCAGUUGGGAUGGUAGCAUCUCCUGUGAAGAAACAGAAGACAGAAGAGGAAUCCAUAGAGAUGCCUGCAUUUGCUGAUAGUGAUGAUGAGCUGGAACAGAGUGAAGAGGAGGAGUAUGAUGAAGAAAAUGAGGAAAUGGAAGAAGGGGGACCUGGAAAAUGAGGAAAUGAGAAGGGGAACCUGGAAGAUUAUGAUGAUGAUGAUGAAGAAGAUUCUGAUAUGGACGAAGACGCAGAUGGGAUGUCCUUCAAGCAUUCAGAGGAAGAAAAGAUAGACACAGAGGAUGCAGAGAUGGUUUAUGAAACUACAGGAGCACUAAGGUGGAAGGAGGAUUUAGCCCAAAAAGCAUCAGAGACGUAUUUAAGACAUCAGCUUGCGGCGCCAAACCUGCGCAAACUGGUGUACGGCACAGUGGCGGAGGAAGAAGAGGAGGAUUCUAAUGAUGAAGAAGAGUUGGGCGGUUUAUUUAAAGUCAAUCGACCAGAGAAAAGUAAGAAAGUACGAGCAGAUGCAAUGGACUGCUCUCGUUUUCACCCAGACAGCAGCCAUGACUGGGAUCAGGAGGAGAUGCUAGCCUCUAUCAGGGACUGUUUUGUGACUGAAUGGGAGGAGGAUAAAGAUGCUGCAACUCUUAAGGAAGAUGAUGAGCUCUAUGGAGAUUUUGAAGAUUUGGAAACGGGAGAAGUUCACAAAGCAAAGACUGGGAAUAAAGACUAAGCUGAGCUGAACAGACAAGAGUUCGAAGACGUGGAUGAUGAAGUCCGUGUUCAGUACGAGGGCUUCAGGCCAGGCAUGUAUGUUCGUGUGGAGAUUCCUGCUUUACCUUGUGAGUUCGUCACCAACUUUGACCCCCACUAUCCCAUCAUCCUUGGUGGAUUGGGCCCCAGUGAGGGCAAUGUUGGCUACUUGCAGAUGCGUCUGAAGAAACACCGCUGGCACGGUCGUAUCUUGAAAACCCGUGAUCCUCUCAUCCUGUCUUUGGGCUGGAGGGGCUUUCAGACCAUGCCGCUCUACUACAUCGAGGACCAUAACGGACGUCACCGCCUGCUCAAAUACACACCUGAACACAUGCACUGCGGUGGCACCAUCUGGGGGCCUAUAACACCCCAGGGUACAGGCUUCCUGGCUGUGCAGACGGUCGGAGGUGUUAAGGCCAAUUUCCGCAUCGCUGCCACAGGAGUGGUUCUGGACCUGGACAAAUCAGUUACAAUUGUGAAGAAGCUCAAAUUGAUUGGAUACCCUUAUAAAAUCUUUAAGAACACCUGCUUUAUCCAGGGAAUGUUUAACACCGUCUUGGAGGUUGCAAAGUUUGAGGGAGCGUCCAUCCGCACAGUCAGUGGCAUUAAAGGGCAGAUCAAGAAAGCCUUGCGCACCCCGCCGGGCGCCUUCAGAGCCACGUUUGAGGACUUGUUAAUAUGUGUAGAUAUUGUGUUCCUGCGCUCCUGGUAUCCGGUCUCGGUUCCUCAGCUGUAUCAUCCAGUGACGUCUCUGCUGAUGCCGGUUGGACAGAAGGACACAUGGGCAGGCAUGAGGACCCUCGGACAGCUUAAACACGACCUGGGUAUCCACAACAAACCCAACCAGGACUCACUGUACAAGCCGGUUGUGAGGCAAGUUCGACACUUCAAUCCCCUCCACAUCCCCAAAGAGCUGCAAAAGGCCCUCCCCUUCAAGAAAAAACCCAAACAGAUGCAGGCCAAAGGCAAAACCCCGCGGGACCUGCAGAGACCGGCUGUCGUACGAGAGCCCCACGAGAAAAAGGUGGCAGCGUUGCUUGAUGCUCUGAGCUCAGUCUAUGCAUACAAGAACAAGAAGGCGAAAGCAGAACAGCACGCCAAGCACAAAGAAUUCCUAAAGCAGAAAGAGAAGCAGGAGGCAGAAAGGCAGAAGAGGCUGAAAGAAGAGCGGAAGAAGACUUACCGUGCAAUGGGACAGAAAGAGAAGAAGAAACUCAAAUCCAGCCUGAAGGGAGCAUCCAAGGACAAUUGAGUCUACCUCACACCUGAUUCUGUUAGACUGUGACUCCAGGCCCAUCGGAUCAGGGUCUGUUACGCUCUUGGUUAGACUGUUUGAAAUGCACCAUAAUUCGAUUCCCACACCGGCUGCUGUUACUGAGCAGGCUCAAGAGUUGAGAUGAUGACACUGCAGAAGACCUGAUGGGUUUUGCUGAAGUCUUUAAAAGAUACAAUCUCCUUCGAAACAAGAACAAUAAAAGCGCCUGGUUAACUUUUAGUGAAUCUGAAAGGAUUUUCUAUAAAAAAAUAUAAAAAAAAUAUGGCAAUGCUUUAAAAUAAGGUUCAAUUUGUUCAUAUAAAUGUAUUAGGUAUAAUGAAGUAACUGAACAUUUUACAAGCUGGAUUAAUACAUUAAAAAAACAUUUUUCAUUGUUAAUUCAUGUUCGUUAAUAAUACAUUAAUUUGUGCAGCUUGUUAAAAUGUAUUAAAUUAACCUAUGUUAAUGAAUGCUUUAAAAGGAUUGUUCAUUGUUAAUUUAUUUACCGUUGCAUUCACUAGUGUAAAUAAAUUGUACCUUUUUGUAAAAUCCAACCAAAAAGAUCCAUAAUGCAUCAGAAAAUAUAUACAGCUAUUUCUUACUGAAA